AAAAUAAUUUUAAAACAAACGUUUCGAUGCGAAUCUGUAGACAGUCCACUGACAGUAGUGUAAUUAGCGAGGGAGUAAGGAAAGAUGUUCAAACUUGCUGUAUAUAAUCAAAAUAAAAUGUGGUUCCAAUAACAAAAUGUGUUCAAACAAUCGUAUCAAAUUCGAAUGACGCAUUUUCAAUAAAACAUAUUUACGUUUGCACAAUAUGUGGUAUUAAACAAAACAUUUGGUCUGCCGCAAACCGUUCAAACAUUUCAUAAUUUGCAUAGUUUACCAUAUUUCGAUUUUACAUUAUAACGAUUAAAAUUUAAUAUAAGUACCACGAAAUGACCGAAAGACAUCCACAACCGAUAAGUUAGAACCUUGUAUAACAACCUAUUCAAAUUGGUUUGAUUUCGCAAGAGUAAAAUCAUUUUCAGAAAAUAUGAAACACUUUUGUGUGUUGAUGACAUUAGUCCUUGGACAUGUUUUGGCAGUUACAGAAAUUGUCUAUAAGAUGCAUGUAUACAAAACAAACUAUAUGCUUGGUGAAAUACGACAAGGUCAGGUGGACGAACUAGUCCAGAGUUAUGUCUGCUCAGGCGUUGAGAUUUCUACUUUGGCUUUGUUGUUAGCCGCGCCAGAAAACGCACGCAUUAACGCGAACAGACAUUAUCGACAAGAUGUGGUAGACAAAGAGCAAACAUUACAGAUAAGAAUAAGUGACUAUGCAAUGCUAAAUCCUAUUUUCCCGAUCAUAGAUUUCAAUGACAUUGCUUUGUCGGAUAUGGGGGACACCAGAAGAAAUAUAACUGAGGCAGCUUUAAGACGUUUACUCGUGGAAGUCGAAAGUGAUCCCGAAAUUCCUAAGUUUGACGUACAGGAUACAUGUCGUUUAAUAGCGUUGUUCGUAACCGCUAAUGACCCAACUAAACGCUUAGCUUAUUGCCUUGCCGUUGUACUCGACGAUUACCGUGACUGUCAUCUCUUUGACGAGUCAGAACAUAUUUUCAAGUACAGGAAGUUUCGCGAUGGUUACUAUGAAGUAUCGGGCAUUAAUAACAGACCAGGUGACAAACUCACCUAACCUACAUAAUUGCAUGAAUCGCCGUUUUAUGUUAUGUUCAACGCUUUACAAUAUAAUAUAAUAUAGACAAGACAACUACCAUAAAAAAAUAUAGUUUAGAUGUUAUGUAAAGAUAAUAUUAAAUUUUAAGGAUAAUAAAAGACGCAGAUUUUAAAAUAAACCUUUGAAAAAAAUCAAAAUAAUUGUGUACAAUCAACGUAGAGUCAAUAAAAAUUGUUUCAAAAAAAAAAAAUGUAUUCAAAUAAUAUUUAAGGACAAUGUAAAAUCGAAUGAUGUAUUUAAAAAAUUAAAUAUUUACAUUUGCACAACAUAUUUUAUUUAAAAAUAACCAAAGUCAUCUAAUCUAUACAUAAAUGUAUAAAUAUGAUAUAUAUAUAGACAUGAAAACUACAAUAAAAAAUAGUCUAAAUGACCCUUUACCAAAUGAUUUUUACUAUGUACCUAUUGUGCUUGAUAUUAUCCACCGUUUAAAUUCAUAAUAAACAUGUUUUUCUCUAUUCAUA